AUGAGCUCAAAAGCAGAAGAUCCUGCCAAAUCUUUAUACGGGCCCUGUUUACCACAAUGGGGCGAAAACUCGUACUUCCUUGAAGUGAAACCUCGCACUGACUUUGCCACUUUGUUCAUUGAUUGCCCUGAAGGUGAAGAAUUAUUGCAAGAACAGCAAGAUCCAGAGACAUCAAGCAAUUUGUCCGCCGUUGUCCGAGUUGGCGAGCACGGAAUUUGUGUUCAAUAUAGUGACCGAGAACGCCCGCUUUUUGUACACUUGGAGAGAGUCACCAUAAAACCGGAAAGCCUUUCGACUCCAGCAUGGGCAGAUCACUCACGACUUUUUAUGUGCAAAGCCAAAGCCGAUAUUGAAGGGAGACAAUUAGUGGCAAAAUCUUAUUCUCGACUCGCCAAAGAAAUGUGCUCAUUGGGUGAUUUGCAAAAUUUUGCCGAAAGUGCUACUGGAUCCUCGGUGAAGUUGCAAUGUUCUUGCGGAAAUGUCUUUGCCCAAGGAGAUAAAGGAUCACUUGAAAUCGGUCACAUGCCAUCGGAUGAUUGGCUGAAUACUUCUCCUGGGAUCGAUUUCUUCUGUAGAGACACUUGUGGGGCCGCGUGUCAUCCAACUUCACACUCAUGUAAUAAAGAUUUAUCACUUGCUUCACCACAUGAUGAAUGGUUGCCAAAGACGAACAAGAUGGUCAUCUCCUUUGCAUAUACACAUGUUUCAAAUGAUACAAUUAUCGAAAACAGAAUUGGUAUUGAUGGAAGAAAACUGACGUGCAAAGCUUGCAGACAAGAAAUUGGAAUAACGAACAGAACUCGUCCUCAUAUUUUCCAGUUGCACCAUGCGGUGACAAAGUUGAGCAUUGCGGCGCGGUCCUACUUGGAUACAAACUUUUCAACUGUACCUUCCUUCUUUGCUUCCUGCAUUUUAUCGAAAUGCGAGGCUGAGGGAAGUCAAAAGAUAAUGAUCCGUUCUCUAGAUCGAACGCCUUAUGUUUUGUUAUGGCUACUGGAUACAUUUGUGGUUUUUGCUGGAGGCCAUCUGAGUACUGAGACUGCAAUCACAGCGAAGGAAAAUGCAAAGUUGCAAAGAACUCCAAGCAAUACCUCAACCAAUUCAUCUGGCUCCAAAAAUUCUCAGAAAAAAGGCAGAAAAGGCAAACGGCGAACGAGCUCCACUUCAUCUGUAUCUAGUCAAGCAUCAGAUGAUGGGGCUAUUGGACAAAUUGUGGAUAAUCCGUUCCCGGCGCUCAAAAUGCUUUAUAAGGUCUUUGAUCAAAACUCUGCAUCAAGUGACCCACGCGCAACAGGCGAGGACUCUUCUGUCAGUGUUGUUGAUCUUCCUGCUCCAUUUGCAAUCCGUAUAUUAGAGGCAAUUUUAAGAUCUACAUGUUGUUUGCCUCCCGCAUGUCGUUCAGUUGGCCAAUUCUAUGUGGGAUUCUUGCCUUUGGAGGAACGCAUUAUG